AUGGAUUUUGAGUCCUCUGAUCUGCCCUCCAUGGACCAAAAGCUACCUUUUUUCUCUAAUCCAAUCAAGAAAGAAGUCUCUCUAUUAAUGUUAUUUUUCUCUUUGAUCCUUUCUUCUGUUGUUUGUUAUAACAUCCUAAGACCUUUGCAGCCGAGGUCUCUCAUCGAUAUAGGUUACUUGUCCCAAAUCCUAAGCAAAACUUCAAAAACUUGUGACUACUCUUAUGGAAAAUGGGUUCGCGACGAAACUCAAUCUCGUCAAAGAUACACAGAGAAGUGUCCAUUAUUGGAUCCUGGAUUCCGGUGUCAACAAAAUGGUCGAAAGGAUUCAGAUUAUCAAAAGUGGCGAUGGCAACCCGAAGAUUGUCAUCUUCCAAGAUUUGAUGCAAAAGACUUUCUCCGGCGUAGCCAGAAUGGUCGGAUUGUUUUCGCCGGCGAUUCCAUUGGAAGAAAUCAAUGGGAAUCCCUAAUAUGCAUGCUCACACAAGGAGUUUCAAAUCAAUCUACGGUAUACGAGGAAAAUGGUAACCCAAUAACGAAACAUAAGGGCUUCUUGUCAAUUCGAUUCCAAGAAUACAAUCUCACUGUCGAAUACUACAGAAUGCCUUAUUUAGUCGUCAUUGAUCGCCCACCAAAAAAUUCGUCCAAGGAAGUUACCGGUGUGGUUAGGGUCGAUAAACUGCAUUGGUUCUCCACUAAAUGGGUUGGAGCGAAUGUUUUUGUAUUCAGCGCUGGUCAUUGGUGGAAUCAAGACAAAACUAUCAAGAGGGGACAUUUUUUCCAGGAAGGAAAAAGUGUGAACGUGACUAUGGAUGUAAUGGAAGCCUUCCGAAGAUCUCUAAACACGUUGAAGUCGUGGUUGAUGCAAAAUUUAGAGCCCGAAAAGAGCCUUAUCUUCUUCCGCAGUUAUUCGCCAAUACAUUACAGGGAUGGAGAAUGGAAUGAAGGUGGUCAUUGUAAUUUGAAUAUAGAACCAGAAACAAACUACAAAAGGCUGAACUCAGAACCAAGAAACAAUAUAUUUAUUUACGAAGUAAUCAAACAAAUGGAAAGUGCAAAGAGAAAUGUUCACUUCUUGAACAUAACGUAUUUAACUGAAUUUAGGAAAGAUGGUCAUCCAUCAAACCACCGCGAACCAGGUACUUCAAUCACUGCACCACAAGACUGCAGCCAUUGGUGUCUACCUGGAGUGCCUGACACUUGGAAUGAACUUCUGUAUGCCAAGCUGUUGGCAACAGGAUUUAAAACCAGGCCGAUAUGA